CAGCUGUCCGUACUGAAAGCUGUAUGCCUUAACUUUACGUUUGGAAGGUCUACUUACUGAACUAUAUUUCUCUUUUCAGAUCUGUUUUGAACAAAAUUAUCCGCAUUCGUAAUAUCAAGAUAGCUUUAAUGGUUCAAUCUAUAGUCACAACGUGUGCUGUUAUAUAUAUGAUGUUUCAAACGUCAACGUUAGACGAGAGAUUGGAGAUAGAGCUGAUGGAUGGACCUUGCCAUGGUUGCUGCUCUAUGAAGAAUGAUACUGUACGUGCCAUAUCAAAUGAACCACGUCUUUCGGAAAAACUUCAUAAAUUUUCCAGAGCGAUAAGGAAAUACGGCAUACCUAAAGAUGUAAUGAAGAUUCUUCAUGAUGCAGAGCAUAAAAUUGAGCAAUUUGAAAGCGAAUUAAAGAAGUAUGAGACAGUAAAGUUAGAACGUGUGGACGAACUUAAAAGAACUGUCAUUGAGGAAGAUAUUGCCAUUGAUCAGGAAUUGGUACCUAAAUCUAAACCUAGAUGGCAACCUGAAUCUAAGGAACCUGAAAAUCCUGCUUCAAAACCUGAUUCGAAAGUAGAUACGAACAAACGAGGAACAGAAAUUCCAAAUGAUGUGCAUAAUGAAAUUAAGCUUAGCGUUCCCAUAUAAAACACGAGUUGCGAUUAACUGUUUAAAUUUUACUUUGUUGGUGAGGUUUGGCAGAUAAUAAAAUAGUAUGGUAAAUUAUUUUGAAGGUAUCAAAUGCCUUAUUAGUGAAGAAACGCUAGUCUGAAAGCACCUGAAAAUCUGAAUUUCCAUUCAAGAGAAGACUAAAAAACUCGAAACCAAAUUAAACUGAAAUAAAACCCAAAGCCAUAUGAUCCUGAGAGAAUUUGUGACAAAAUUUUCAAACGAUCCUCAUAAUGAAAUAGAGAUAAAGACAUGAUUUUUCGCGAAGUGAAUUGAGAUAUGUUGUAAUUUCAAAACCUCUAUAGUCGCAAUGACAAAUACGUUGCAAUGUCUUCAUCGUCCACAAAUCAUGCCUAUUUGAUAUUCACCAGUUUGGUUUGGUCGAGCAGAUGCAAUUAAUAUGCAGGCAAAAUUAAUUACAUUUGACCUUUCAUUAAUUUUGCAUGAUCAUAAAUUUUGCAUCAAUUGAAGCGUUCGCGAAGAAAGAUUAAGUCAAGUUCUCACACCAUAUCUUAAUCGACAAUAUUAUAGGUAGCUAUAUUGAUUAUUUCAUUUCUUUAGAGAGAUAUUGCAGACAGUAUGAAACUGUUUCCUACCUAACAAAUAUCAAUGUACUAUAAAUAAAUAUUAAUCAGUAGUUAAAAAAUUAAAAUAAUACAAUUAUAA